UUUGGCAGGAAAAUGGAGAAAUAUGAAGGCAAAGGAAAACCUGAAACUGAAGAGGUCCUCCUCUCCCUUAAUGAUGUUGAAACCUUAUUAGCAUCCAGCAGCGUUCAGUACUUUAAUGAUUUAGCAACAAAUAUCGAGAGAAUAUGAGAAAGUUCCGUUGAUUUAGAGAAAUGAGCUAAAAUAACAGGACAAACUAUAAAAGAUAUCAUUUAUGUUUUGGAAAAUAAAAUUAGUGAGGAAGAAAAGGAUUUAGGAGUAUCUGAACUCUUAGGCAAGGUAAAACUUCAUCUAAUUAGAUAUAAAGAAGAAAUGGAUAGUGGAAAAUUGUUUGGAUAUGAUUAUUCAAAGAAUACCUUUUAUGAUAGGAGAGGUAUUUAUAUCAAUGAACUCAGAAGAGUGCCAGAAACCCUCAUGAGGCAGAUAAAUAUGGCUAUUCGGAAAUAGAAGAGUCAUUCAACUAUAUAAAAGAGCUAAGCCUUCUGAGGAAACUAUCAAGGAUAUCACAAAUGAUUUGAAAAAUAUAAAUAAGGAAUACCCUGAUGAAGAUCCCAGCCUCCCAUCUGCAACCAAGGAAUAUUAAUUUCAGAGCUAAUACUCCCAAUAUUAUUAUU